GACUUGAAUAAUGCGCCAAAACUUCUACAGGCAACAAUGUAGAAAACUCCAGUGGAAAUGCAGUGUUUUGUGAGUGUGAUCCCCAUCAGAGGCUGCAUGGUUUCUCAGAGGAGAGAGGGGACUGUUGCAAUGUCAUCUCACACCACUGUUUUGGAGCUCUGUGGAAGGGAGAUGCUGGGAUGAAGUGGUUUGGCAGUAUGUCCCUCAGCAGCAAAAGGAGUAAGAGGAGGGGUAGAAGGAGCAGCAGUUGCAGCAGUGGCAGUGGUGGUAAUAGUGUGCUGCUAUCCUUGGCUCUCCUGGUGGCAGUGACCCUGAUUGCGGACCCCGUGGCGGCUCAAAAGCAGCGAGGUGGCGGUGCCUCGGAAAAAGUGCCGGUCCUGAACAUUGCGGUGAUCCUGGGGCGCACGCGCUACAUCUCAGACCGGGACAUCCGGGCGCUGUGGAGCAAGGAGGACCCCAUCGACGUCAACGUGGUCACACUGCUGGUCAACGAGACCGACCCGAAAAGCAUCAUCACCCAUAUGUGCGACCUGAUGUCCGGGACAAAGAUCCACGGCGUGGUGUUUGGGGAUGGCACUGACCAGGAGGCCAUCGCCCAGAUUUUGGAUUUUAUUUCCUCGCAGACGCUCAUACCCAUCCUGGGCAUCCAUGGAGGCUCGUCCAUGAUCAUGGCUGAUAAGGAUGUGAAGUCAACAUUCUUCCAGUUCGGUGCCUCCAUCCAGCAGGAGGCUCUGCUGAUGCUGAACAUCAUGGAGGAGUACGACUGGCACAUCUUCUCCAUUGUCACGUCAAAGUUCCCUGGCUACCAGGAGUUCAUCAACAUCCUAAAAACUACCGUGGACAACAGUUUUGUGGGCUGGGACCUGCAGAAUAUCAUCAUUCUGGACGCAGUGGAGGAAGACAGCCGCUCUCAGAUCAUGCUCAAGAAGGUCCAGUCCCCAGUGGUCCUGCUCUACUGCUCCAAGGACGAGGCGGUGUACAUCCUGGAGGAGGCGCGCUCCCUGGGCCUCACCGGAUUCGGAUACAUCUGGAUUGUGCCAUCGCUCACCACUGGGAACCCGGAAAUAACGCCCGACGAGUUUCCACCGGGAAUGAUUUCGGUGUCAUACGACGACUGGGACUACCCACUGGAAGCGCGAGUUCGGGAUGGUCUGGGGAUCAUAACGUCAGCAGCGGCAGCCAUGUUGGAGGAGUAUGGCGACAUCCCUGAGGCCAAGACGUCCUGUUACGGCCAGAUGGAGAAGACAACCAAGCUGCCUCCCAGUGCGCUACAUAAGUACAUGAUGAAUGUGACAUGGGAUGGCAGAGACUUGUCAUUCACAGAAGACGGCUACCAGGAAUUCCCAAAGCUGGUGGUCAUUGUUCUCAACAAGGAGAGAGAGUGGGAGAAGAUGGGGAAACUGGACAACCGCAGCCUGACACUAAAGUACCCAGUGUGGCCGCGCUUCAACUCCUUUGGUGAUGCCGAGCUUGACGACAAUCACCUGUCCAUCGUGACGUUAGAGGAGAAACCUUUUGUUAUUGUGGAGGACGUGGAAAGGCUCACCGGUACUUGCAUGAGGAACUCAGUGCCCUGCAGGAAGCACAUUAAAGACAACACAACAGAGGCUGGUGGGACAUACAUCAAGAAGUGCUGCAAAGGCUUCUGCAUCGAUAUUCUGAAAAAGAUCGCCAAGUAUGUAAAGUUCACCUAUGACCUGUACCUGGUAACCAAUGGCAAACAUGGCAAGAAGAUCAACAACGUCUGGAAUGGGAUGGUGGGAGAGGUGGUCUAUAAGAAAGCCGUCAUGGCCGUCGGAUCUCUGACGAUCAAUGAGGAGCGUUCUGAGGUCAUCGAUUUCUCCGUCCCGUUCGUGGAAACCGGGAUCAGCGUCAUGGUCUCCCGUAGCAACGGAACGGUCUCCCCGUCAGCCUUUCUCGAGCCAUUCAGUGCAUCAGUGUGGGUGAUGAUGUUUGUGAUGCUCCUACUGGUGACUGCAAUGGCUGUCUUCAUGUUUGAGUACAUCAGUCCUCUUGGCUUCAACAGAAACCUGGCGCAGGGAAGAGACCCCCAUGGCCCUUCCUUCACCAUGGGCAAAGCCGUGUGGCUGCUGUGGGGUCUGGUCUUCAACAACUCUGUGCCAGUGCAGAAUCCAAAAGGAACAACCAGUAAGUUCAUAGUGUCCGUGUGGGCCUUCUUCGCUGUCAUCUUCCUGGCCUCCUACACUGCCAACCUGGCUGCCUUCAUGAUCCAGGAGGAGUUUGUCGACCAAGUCACCGGGCUUUCCGACAACAAGUUUCAGAACCCGUAUGCGUACUCGCCUCCGUUCCGCUUUGGGACGGUUCCAAACGGAUCCACAGAGAGGAACAUCAGGAAGAACUACCCCGCUAUGCACCAGUACAUGGUAAAAUAUCAUCAAACUGGAGUCGUGGACGCACUUGUCAGCCUCAAAACGGGUAAACUGGACGCCUUCAUCUAUGAUGCCGCAGUGUUGAACUACAUGGCCGGCAGAGAUGAGGGAUGUAAGCUGGUGACCAUUGGCAGCGGGUACAUCUUCGCUACCACUGGUUACGGCAUCGCUCUGCAGAAAGGCUCCUACUGGAAACGACAGGUGGAUCUGGCCAUCCUGGCAAUCAUUGGAGAUGGUGAAAUGGAGGAACUGGAAGCCCAGUGGCUGACAGGAAUUUGCCACAAUGAGAAGAACGAGGUGAUGUCCAGUCAGCUGGAUAUCGACAACAUGGCUGGUGUCUUCUACAUGCUUGCCACGGCCAUGGGGCUCUCCCUCAUCACCUUCGUCUCCGAGCAUCUCUUCUACUGGAGGCUUAGAUACUGCUUCACUGGGGUCUGCACCGGCAAGCCGGGCCUUCUUUUCUCCAUCAGCAGGGGAAUCUGGAGUUGCAUUCAUGGAGUCCACAUUGACAUGAAGAAAAAGUCAGAUCUGGACUUUAGCCCCCAAGACAAAAUGCUGAAGCUCAUUAAAUCAGCCAAACAGAUGACCAACAUGUCUAACCUGGGCGGCUCCCACCUGAACUCCCCCAAACGUGAGUUCAUGCACUCAGCUGGUCCCAUGAUCAUGGACAUGAUGGCGGAGAAGGGCAACUUCAUCUAUGCUGACAACCGAAGCUAUGCUCCCAAAGAUAUGAUUUACGGGGACACCGGUGACCUGCAGUCUUAUCUUGCUAACCGCCACAAAGACCACCUUAACAACUACAUCUUCCAGGGAGGGCAGCAUCCUCUGACCCUGAAUGAUGCCAAUCCCAACACAGUGGAGGUGGCAGUGAGUGCUGACUCAGUCCAGACCAACGCCAAGCCGCCGCGGACCCUGUGGAAGAAGUCAGUGGACACGCUUCGUUCGGUGCCUCCCGGGCCCCCUCCAAUGCCUGACAUGCUGAUGCCAGACCCGCGAAUGUCCAUGAAGACCCAGCGCUACCUCCCUGAGGACACAGCCCACUCUGACAUCUCUGACUGUUCCAGCAGGGCAGCCUCUUACAAGGACCCAGAAAACAACAAGCACCUGAAGCCCAAGGACAACUUAAAAAAAAGAUCUGUGACGUCAAAAUACCCAAGGGACUGCAGUGAGGUGGAGCUGUCCUACUUAAAGACUAAGCAGGUCAGCGGAGGAACCAACCAAACCGGGAGAGGAGGAGGAGGAGGAGAGAAAAUUUACACCAUUGACUCAGACCGAGAGCUGAGCCUGCACUCAGACCCCGUUCACUACCGCGAGAGUCGCGGCCUUGCUGCCGACGAUUUGGAUUAUCCCGAGAUCUAUUCUGACCACAGUGACAACUACAGGAAGUGUGAGCAGCCCAUCAUUCAUCUGAACUCCUCGCCUUUGCAUCACACUGACUCAGAUCUUCUACCAGACCCAACUUACUCUAAACACUACAGCCUGAAAGAGAAAAACAUUGCUCUGUCCCCACAUGAAUCCAUUGAUCGCUACAAACAGACACACUGCCGUUCCUGCUUGUCCAAAGUGACCGCUAGCUACCCACCAGGGGGGACGUACACUGCUGCUGCAUCUGCUGCAGCUUCUGCCACACGCUCACCCUAUAAUCGGUGUGAAGCAUGCCUCCACACGGCCAAUCUGUAUGACAUUAGUGAGGACCAGCUCCUUGCAGACCCCCUGGUCAGUCCUACCAUGCACCACCAACAGCAGCAGCAACCAGACGAAAUGUUUGGUCUGUAUUGGCCACAGACGGAUGGGCCGCAUGUUCAAAAGAGAAAUCGCUUGAGGCUGAGUCGUCAGCACUCCUUUGACAACAUCAUGCUAGAAAAGCCCAAGGAUGUAGACCUGGGCCGACCGGCGCGCAGCGUCAGCCUCAAAGAGAAGGAUCGCUUCUUGGACUCCGCAUCUGACUCGCACUAUGCCAACCUCUUCGGCAUGCGCCCCUACUCCGGCAGACUGUUUGGCACUGGGUCCAAAUCAAUGCUGUUUAACCACAACCUGGAGGAGAGCAAGAGGAGCAAGUCCCUGUACCCGGCCCAUGGCUCGGAUAACCCUUUCCUCAGCCACUCGCUGAGGGACGACACCAGCAGCAGACUGGUCCAUGGGCGUAGCUCCUCUGAUAUUUACAAACAGCUGGCGGUGGCCUCGCCUGCAGCGGUCCUCGGAGCGCCCCAAGUCAAAACACGCAACGAUGCGAACAAUCUCCGCUCUUCCGUUAAAUCCACCACUUCAUACUGCUCACGGGACGGGCGGAUAGCCAAUGACAUGUACAAUAAAGAGCAUGUGAUGCCUUACUCAGCCAAUAAGACUAGUGCAUACCCAGCCCCACGUGGCGUCCUAAACUCAGCCCAGUUCAGCAAUAGACGGGUGUAUAAAAAAAUCCCCAGUCUGGAGUCAGAUGUUUAG